UUCUUUUUCCGUGAGCGCCAUCGCCUCCAGAAUCGCCUCUCCUCUUUCUCUCGCUAGGGCGCUGUCCGCCGUCGCCGCCGUCCCCAUCCGCCCUCGCCGCCGUCAUCUGCUGCUUGCCUGUCGCCGAAGGAAUGAAACCAUGUGUCCAGGUUCACCUGGUCCCGAUCCAUUGGACAACUUCUUUGUCAGGUUUCAUUAUUAUGGAUCAUUUCAGCAAGUGGAUGGAAAGUUGGAUUACGUUGGGGAAUUGGUGGCAGAGAUGAUCAUGCCAAGGGAUGAUUUGUCCUAUGAAGAAUUAUAUAACUCCGCAGAAGAUAUUCAUCAGAUGGAAAGAGGUCACUACAGAGGUAGUUACACCUACAAAUUGCAUUGGUUGCCUCUAGGGAAAAAAGUCAGUGAUGGUCUUAUGUUCAUGUGUGAUGAUGAGUCAGUGAAGACGAUGGACAUUGGAACAAUAGAUAGUUAUGCUGAUGUUUUUGUUGAAGAAUUGGACAUGCCAAUCCAGCAACACUUUGACAAUGACAAAGAAAUGCAACCAGACCAAACCAUGUUAUCUGCUAAUGAUGAGCAAUUCGACAUAUGUGCAGGUGAUGAACAGAUUGACAUAUGUGCAGGUCUAUUGCCAGUAAAUGUAGGAGAAACUUACUCUAGGCGGAGAGGGACAAAAUUACCACUUAUUAGUGUGCAAGUCGUUGACACUGGAGUGGUCGAUGAGAUGUUACUUGAAAAGAUGGCAAGUCCUGCUGAAAGUGCUCAAGUCAGCGCAUCAUCUGCUCAUGAAACACCGAGAGAAGUUUGUGCAAGUGCUGUUAAGUUGGAGGCACACUUUACUGCAGCUGAAGUUGCUAUACCUGCUAAGUUGCAAAUUAGAAGAAGGGCAGUGGCAAAAUCUACUGAACAUGUUCCAGCAACAAAAGCACCUCAUGUUGCUCCAACAGUUGGUGCAGAUCAUGAGAUUUCAACCGAACAUGUUCCGGCAAUAGAAGCACCUCCUGUUGACAAAUCAGAUGAAGAGGAUACUGAUUAUGAACCAAUACCUGAUUGCAGUUCUGGAGAGGAUUCGGAGGCAGAGGAACUGAGAAAACUUGCAAGAGAGAUUAGGAGGAAUGAGAGAGCUAAGAAGCUAGGACAAAGAAGUGGAAUUAUAAUGCAAAACAAUAAAGUGCAAUGUAAAUCUGAUGAGGAUUUGGAUGCUGGUUUUGAAACUCCAUAUUUUGACUCUGAUGAGGAUGAUUUCUCUUAUGAUGAAGAAAGUGAUGGAGAAGGAGGUACCACUAUGGUAAGAAGGAAGAGCAAGUGGCCUAGGUUUGAUAGCAAAGCUGAAAAACCCAACUUUCAACUUGGCAUGGUUUUCCGAAGCAGAGAGCACAUGAAGAAAGCAGUGAUUUCCUAUGGAAUUAAAACUCACAGGCAUUUGUUGUUCAGAAAAGAUGAACAUGACAAAGUUAGAGCUUACUGUUCUUAG